CACACCAACUCACAGACACACAUUCUGCCUCAAAUACAUUCACAUCUCCUCACAUACUUGUUCUCCGCCUCAGUCAAGUUAGGGAUGGCCCUCUAAUAUCUUGGCAGAGAGGAAGGUCUCAAUAGGUCUUAAUCCACUGUGACACUGCCAUUGUCUUGACACUCACUCAGAGAUUUCGAAGAGGAACGGAUCGCAAUGAAACGAGGCAUCCUUUUCCUGUUCUUCUUGACUCUUGCCAUGGAGUCAGGACUGGGUCAAAAUCACAGCCGCAUAAUGACCAGAGAAAAGAGGGAACUACUGUAUCGAUCUAAGAGAAGAUGGGUCCUGUCGACUAUUGAAAUAGAGGAGGAGAGUCCUGGACCAUAUCCAAGGGAGGCAACAAAGUUGCACAAUGAUAAAAAGCUUUACGACCAUCACUAUUUCCAUAUCUCUGGAAUGGGUGUGGAUGAGGAGCCCGUUGGUGUGUUCACCAUUGACAGAAAAUCAGGAGUUGUCAGUGUACAUAAACCCAUCGACAGGGAGCAGCACCAGUACUUUCAUAUACGUUUUGAUGUUAUCGAUGAAAAAACGAAUAUAGAAGUAGACAAGACCUUGGCCUUUGACAUUGCGAUACAGGACAUCAAUGACAAUGACCCAAGAUUUGAGCCGCCUCACAUCAGAGUCCCUGUGCGUGAAGACACUCCAGAAGGUGGCCUGCCUGUCAACCUGCAGGCAUUUGACAGUGAUGAGGAAGGCAAUGACAACUCCCGUGUGACCAUGACUAUAGUGUCCAAACCAACUUCUCCUAAGUUCUCCUUAAAGGAAGUUCAAAACACCAAGAUGCAACAGCUGACCUUCUCUGGAUGUUUUGAUUUUGAUAAAAUCAAAGAGUACAAAGUGAUUGUUGAAGGGAGGGAUCAUGGAGUACCGCCGCGGUCUGCAACGACAACUAUCACUCUGGACAUCUUAGAUGCUAAUACUCACCCACCUGUUUUCACCGAAACAACUUAUUCUACCUCAGUGCAAGAGAUGGAAACAAAGGAAAUCCUGAGAAUGAAGGUGGCAGAUAAGGAUGAACCCAACACACCAGCCUCGCGGCCUGUUUUUAAGAUCCUGAAGGGGAACGAGGACGGGAACUACAUGGUUACAACAGACCCUAAAACUAAUGAAGGAAUUCUAAGUGUGGUUAAGGGAAAGGAUUUUGAGAGGACGGCACUGGUCAAACUGGAGGUGGCUGUGGAAAAUGAAGUACCUCUCUUCGUAUGUAAAGAUGGGGUUCCGGUGGAUCCACAGAAUAUGCCAACUCCACAGAGCGUAACUGUAGAAGUGGUGGUGGUGGACGUUAAUGACCCACCGCAGUUUGAGAGAACAGCUGAACGUGCAUUUGUGAAAGAAGAGGGGCCACCAGGACUGACACUUUUCAGGCCCAAGGUAACUGAUGAGGAUUCUGACCUUGACAAAAUCAGGUAUGAACUGGUAGAAGAUCAUGCACAUUGGUUGUCCAUCGAUAAGAAGACUGGGGUUGUCACUUCAGUGAAAACGAUGGAUCGAGAGUCACCAUAUGUCCAUGACAGUGUCUACACAGUGAAAGUCUUGGCCAUAGAUGAUGGGAAGCCUCCUGCUACAGGCACAUGUCCUCUGAGGAUUGUUUUGGGAGAUAUCAAUGAUAAUAAGCCACACUUGGUCACCAAAAACACAAUACUCUGUAAUCAUAUGGACCGUGUACCUGUGAAUGGCUGGGACUUUGAUAUUCCUCCAUAUUCGGGACCCUUCUCUUACGAUUUUGGGGGGGACAAUGUGGAAGAGUUGAAGGAAUAUUGGAAAUUGUUCCCCACCACGGGCAUAAACAUCAGCCUUUUGAGCUUGACAUCCUUGUCUUUUGGCAACUACACCAUUCCUCUGCUGAUAGAGGAUCAGCAGGGUGUAGUGGGAGAGGACAAGCUUACUGUGAUUGUGUGUGACUGCGCUGGUGGGAGUGAGUGCCGUGGCCCUCUGCCCUCCACCAUCCAGCUGGACGGACCAGCCAUUGGGACCCUGCUAGCUGGACUGAUGCUGCUGUUGUUGCUGCUGUUGCUAGUCUUCAUCUGCGACUGUCAGGGGAGCAGCUUCAAGCCUUUGAACACGCAGGAUGAGGGCCACCAAACGCUAAUCAAGUACAACGAGGAGGGAGGUGGCACCAUCUGCAAGGCGGAGCCGACUCAGAUCCGCAGCCCCACUACCUAUGUCACGACUGUGACAACGGUUGAUGGGCUCAAACAAGCAGCCGUACCGGUUUCCUCCAACACCUUCCAGGUUCAAACCCAAAAUACCACAACAUUGAGAGGUCAGGCAACAGGCAUGCAGUACUCUUCAAGUGGGCUCGGGCAAGCCUCUCUACCCAACAACACUACUUUAAAGCGGCAGCAAAUAUGGAACUCCAGCACAAUGAACAGGAGCGGCACAAUGAGAACUGGAUUUUACAGAUCCAUUAGCACCACUGAUCGCUACAUUGCAGACCACAUUGACAGAAGACUCUACGAGAUCGGCGAGGAGCAGGUGGAUCACCCAGGAUGCUCCCUGCAAGUGUUUGCCUACGAGGGGGAUGGGAGCAGGUGCCAGUCGCUGGAUGAGCUUUCGUUUGACGAGUGGGAGGAAGGCACAGAUUUCCUCCAAAACCUGGGGCCUAGCUUUAAAACCCUUGGUGGGAUAUGCAAAAAGCACAUGCAAGAGAAAAACAUGGAACACUGAGAAAGAUGGUCAUUGGAGUUUUCUUUCUUCACCUGAAGGUGGUGAUGUGGGGAGGGAAUAUUCUGGGAGUACAGAAAUGGAAAGUCAGAAACCUGCUCUAAUUUUUGUUAAGCUUUUUGUACUAUGCAUUUUGAUGCCUGAUUCAGGCAACGAUGAAAUGGAGACUUUGGGAGACUUUGGAUUUGCUGUUGCCGGAAUGUUCAACCCCCCUGGGGGGGGGGGCACAAUAGAGA